CUCGUUUUCAAAAAUUUUUCCCUGAUCUGAAAGAGGCAUAGAAACCCCCUCCAAAAACAUGUCCAAGGCCAAUAGGGAGUAUUCCGCCCUAUGCACUACUUUUUGGUUACCCGGGGUCUGGAUCAUGACUCCAACUUUUUGCUUGCUAAUGGCGACCCCUCUCUUCCAUGCAUUUUCCCUUCAAAACCAUUCAACUUCCCAUAAUCGCUCAAUUACCCUAUUUCAAGACAACCGAGCAAAGGCUGCAUACUUGACAAAGCCUCAUAAAUACGGCAUAAAGUAUUGCGAAGAGGUAGCGGCAGAUUCCGCGUAGAAUGUCCAUCGAGACUCGACACACCGGCAGCAUAUCCGCAGCUGGUGACAAUGACCAUGGCCUUUCACACGACAACCAUGCCGAUGAGAGCAUCGUAGCGACAGCUAGCGAGAUCCAGACUGCUUCCAACAACCACGAAAAGACCGCGCGAGUGGAGUCGGAAAAGACCAUGACGGAGGUGAUCGACUUUGAGAAGCAGGUGCCGACAGAUUCAACGCACCAGAUGCCCGAACAGGAAACCACAUUGAAGGAGGAAGAAGCCUUCCAUCGGACAGCAUCUACCAUAGCUCCAUCGCUGAGGUCUGGUCAUAGAGAUCCCAUGAGUCGAGUGACCACAGACGCAGAAGGAAACACUUACCCGGAAGGGGGACUGGAAGCAUGGCUUGUGGUGUUUGGCAGCUUCAUGGGUCUCCUUGGAUCGCUAGGGCUUGUCAACACCAUUGGUACAUUCCAGGCAUACAUCGAGAGUCACCAGUUGAAAGAAUACAGCUCCGGUAGCAUCGGAUGGAUCUUUGGCAUGUACGCUUUCCUGACCUUCUUCUGUGGUGUGCAGAUUGGUCCCAUCUUCGAUGCCCGGGGACCGCGCCUUCUUGUCUUUGCUGGAACUAUUUGUGAAAUGGCCAUGAUCGUUCUCCUUGGUUUCUGCACCCAGUAUUGGCACUUCAUGCUAGUGAUAGGUGUCCUCGGUGGAGUCGGUGCAUCUCUCAUCUUCACUCCUGCGAUCUCUGCCAUCGGCCAUUACUUCUAUGUCCGACGAGGAGUUGCCACCGGAGUCGCAGCUACUGGUGGCUCCAUCGGGGGCAUAGCCUUUCCAUUAAUCUUGGAAGCGCUGUUCCCGAAAAUUGGCUGGGGCUGGGCUACUCGAGUGGUAGCAUUGAUCUGUUUGAUCGCCUUUGGGUUUGCGAACCUCCUCAUCAGAUCACGUUUGCCCCAGAAGCCAUUCUCGAAGGAAAAUGUUUUGCCUGAUUUCCGCAUCUUCCGUGACAUGCGAUUCACUUUGACUACCGCGAGCGUCUUCUUCAUCGAAUGGGGCCUUUUCAUUCCAAUCAGUUACAUCUCCUCGUAUGCUCUGGACCACGGAUUUUCCACGAAGUUUUCUUAUCAAAUCUUGGCCAUUCUGAACGUGGGUUCGUUCUUCGGCCGAUGGCUCCCUGGAUUCUUUGCAGAUUUCCUAGGCCGUUUCAAUGCCCUGAUCGUCACUGUGGCCCUGUGCUUGCUUUGCAAUGCGUGCCUUUGGCUUCCUGCCGGUGGCAGCUUGGCCUUGUUAGUUAUUUAUGCAUUGCUGUUUGGUUUCUCUAGCGGCAGCAAUAUUAGCUUGACGCCUGUCUGUGUUGGACAGUUGUGCAAGACUGAGAACUAUGGUCGGUACUACGCAACUGCUUACACCAUAGUGAGCUUUGGCACUCUCACCGGCAUACCGAUUGCUGGUGAAAUUCUGACUCGUUGCAACGGAGAGUACUGGGGUCUCAUUGCUUUCACAACUGUCUGCUACGCCGUGGGCCUGGCAUGCUGCACCGCUGUCAAGGUCCUUGAGGUCGGCUGGCGUCGCCCCUUAGCCAUCUACUAGUUGCUUACCACCUUCAUUGAACGGAUGGCUAACGAAAAUUCGAAAAUAUAAUUUCCCACAAUCAUACGACUUGACGAUCCAUGAACCAAAAGUGAUUAGACCGCGAAGCCCAUAUUUCUUGUAUCGCUUAAUUUUGAUUCUGGGAGUUCGCGAGAUUGAGCUCUCUCUUAUGUUUUGAUUAUCGCAAGUGAUGACGGAGCGCAUCGAAUCGACAAUAGAUACAUGCAUUCAAUCACGGCUUUCAAUUUCGGUAUAUAGUCUUUACUAAUGUUUUUUAUGUUGUCUAAAAAUAUUAUGACCAUCCUUAACCCGAAUG